AUGUUGUGUAGGAAAACAACAUGGCGGCCGGAGACGACUCUGACAUUCCAGAGACCGGUGCCGUGUUUACUUUUGGUAAAAGUAGAUUUGCAGAAAACAACCCAAGUAAAUUCUGGGUGAAAAAUGACAAAGUUUUACAAGUGGCAUGUGGGGACGAACACACAGUUCUUGUUGCAGAGAGUGGGCGUGUCUUUACCUUUGGAAUCAAUGAUUGGGGCCAACUUGGAAUCGGCAACAACACGACAAUGCUCAAACCCACCUGUGUCAAAAAACUCAAACAUGAGAAGGCUGAACAUGUGGCAUGUGGCCGGAGUCAUACCAUCAUUGGUACAAAGAGUGGGAAGAUAUACGCCUUUGGAAACAAUGGGGAGGGGCAGCUGGGAGUGGAUGAUGACUCAGUCAACAGCAGUAACGACCCUAUAAUGGUUAAGGGACUUGAGCCAAUGAAAAUCAAGAUGUUGGCUGCUGGUGCUGACCAUACUGUGCUUCUCACACGUGAAGGUGAGGUGUAUGUUUGGGGUGGAGGCAGUGAAGGACAACUGGGAUUGGCAGAUGAGGAUGAAUGUCAUAAACCGACCCUGUUAGACAUUGAUCAAGAGAUCAUCUGUAUCGGAUGUGGGUACUACCACACGGCUCUCGUUACAGUGACAGGUGACCUGUUUACAUUUGGAGAGAGUGAUGGAGGGAAACUAGGCCUGGGAGAAAACAAAGGGGCCAGUGUGCCUACCAAAGUCAACUUACCAGAGAAAGUUAAGAUGGUGGCUUGUGGCGGUUCACAUACAGUGGUGCUUACAGUGAAGGGAAAUCUGUACACAUUUGGUGAUGGUACAAAUGGUCAGCUUGGUCAGGGCAAUAGGGUCCUACAAGAGUUCAAACCUCAGCUGGUCAAUCUCAGGUUCAAGGUCAUUUACACUGCAUGUGGAGAGAACCACACAGCCAUUAUAACAGAGAAACAUCAACUCUACACCUUUGGGGAUGGCAGGCAUGGCAAGCUUGGCCUUGGUCAAGACACCAUGUCAAACAUGUUCACAGCUACCAAAGUGGAAAGGUUUAAAAAAUUUAUAGUUGAAAAUGUAACCUGUGGAGGGUGUCACAUGAUCGCAAGAGCACACAAGAGAACGCAAGAUGAGGAAAAUGAAAGCGACGAGGAAGAUGCAACAUUAAAUGAUUUAGAGAUGACUAAAAAUAAGUUAAAUAACUCCAUCAAACCAGAUGGUUCUAUAGACCUGGAUGGAACUUUCCCAGCCCGACAACGACGGCGAGAAACACUGAAUAGGACGGCAUCCAUGAAUCGUACACUUCCAUCAUUAGCGAACGGCAAGCCAGCUGGAUCAUCCCUUCAUCACACUGUACCUCCACCUGUCAAAAAACCAGGACUUGCAGACCGUGCCUCUACCCCUCUUAGCUCUACACAAGUCAUCAAAAAGCCAGUGCCCAAACCAGUGGAAUCAUCCGAGGAGGAGGACAGCGAGGAGGAGGUAGAGGAGGACAUGAUUACAAAAGCCUCAACACUGAGGAGUGAAUCAUCAGUUAAUCACAUAGAGAAAAUUGAGAAAGUGCAUCAGAAUAACAACAAUACGAGAACAUUACCCAAGCCAUCACCGAAGCCCUCACCCAAACAGUCACCAAAACCAUCUCCCCGGCCCAGGGGGCAGAAGAAAGACGAGGGAGAAGCGUCUGGGAAGUCUGAGGAAGAAGCAACACCUAAGAAAGCUCCCAGGAGUUUACCUUCAGCACCACUGCCGCAGCCACGGAAACCUCCUCCCAAGGUGGAGGAUGAUGAUGAGGAGGAAGAAACAGAGGAAGAAGAGUCAGAGGAGGAGGAAGAAGAGGUCAAACCAGUCAAAGCUUUGCCACCCACACCAAAGAAAGAUAUCAAGAAGAAGAAAGAAAAGUCCUCAGGUUUCAAUGUGUUUAGACGUAGACCUACUGGGUUAACAGAUUCAGAAGAUGAAGAGGAGGAAGAAGAAGAAGAUGAGGAGGAGGAAGAAGAAGAAGAAGAGGAGAUAGUGAAAAAAGUUGUAAAGACAAAGACUCCAAGAGAAGAAGAGAAGAAAAAAGAAGAGAAAAAGGAUGAUAAAAAGGACAAGAAGAAAGAAAAAGAAGACAAGAAAAAGGAAAAAGAAGAAAAGAAAAAAGAGAAAGAGGAUAAGAAAAAAGAGAAAGAUAAGAAGAAGGAUAAGACAAAAGACAAAGACAAGAAAAAAGGCAAAGAUAAGGAUGAUGAAGAAGAUGAUGAGGAAGAGGAAGAGUUAGAAGAAAAAGAAGGUGCCAAAGCUGAGAAAGAUGAGAAAAAGGAUAAGAAAGAUAAAAAAGAGAAAGAAAAGGAUAAAAAAGAUAAGGAAAAGGACAAAAAAGAUAAGGAAAAGGACAAAAAAGACAAGAAAGAUAAAAGUAAAGACAAGGAUAAAAAGAAAGAAGAGGAAGAAGAUGAGGAGGAAGAAGAUCUAGAAGAAGAAGCCAAAGCAAAAGAUGACAAAAAAGACAAAAAGGAUAAAAAGAAGGAAAAAGAAGAGAAAAAGAAGGAAAAAGAUGACAAGAAAAAAGACAAGGAUAAAGAUAAGAAAAAAGACAAAAAGAAAGGA